AUGGCCAACGACUGCGGCUCUCCACCAGCUGGCCAAAGUAGAGAGAGCCGAUUCUGCAACGUGGAUAUCCCGUGCCAGGGUUCCAAGGAUUGUCUUUUAACGCCUUGGACUUCUUGGAACGAUUGCUCAUCAAGUUGCGAUGGAGUUUCGAUGCGCUCGCGAAAGGUUGCCGAGUUUGGGCAUGGUGAUGGAUCCUUCUGCUCUGGAGCCCUCAAAGAGCUGAAGCCUUGCAAUCCUGCCAGGCAGACCCAGCUGCUUGAUGAGUGUGUUCGAGGUCCACCUGUUGAUUGUGAGCUUCAUCCAUGGGGACAGUGGACCGAAUGCACAGCCACCUGUGGUGGUGGCGAGCGCCAACGAAGCCGCCACAUUGCGCAGGAGGCCUACAAUGGAGGCUUCGGUUGCCAGGAGCCGCUGGUGGAGGUCCUCGAGUGUGCUCGAAUGUUGUGCCAUGAAGUCCACGAUCCAAUUGACUGCGUCCUGGGAGAAUGGCACAAUUGGGGGGCGUGCACCUCCUGCGGAGGGGAGAGGACGAGGAAAAGACACAUUUUGAUGUUUCCUCAAAAUGGUGGCAAGGAGUGUCCGCCGGCUGAUGUCGUGCAGACCAACGCUUGCCCGUACAAUCACAAUUGCGGAACACAGGUCACCCUGGUUCUUGGGCUAGUUUUCUUCAGUGCCUCAAAAGCUGGCCAAGAUGAUGCCGAGGUUGUGGAAACUGGAAUCAUUGGAUGGCUACUCUGGGCAGCUACACGGUUUGGCCAGAUGCUGUUGGUGCUCAUUGUUCUAUUCGUUGUUGUCUUGGUUUCGCGCCAGCGCUCCAUCCUAUACGUGCCAGUUCCACCUGGGACACAGCGGUCGCCGAAAAUGGGCCCACGAAUGUUUCGGAGUCCAGAGGAAUGGCAGCUGCCCUAUGAAGCUGUCACCAUCCUCACCGAGGAUGGCGUGAGACUUGCGGCUUGGUUUGUCUACCAGCCUGCUGUCAGUUCUGCAGACACGGUUCCUUACACCAUCUUGUAUUUCCACGGCAAUGCUGGAAACAUUGGCCACCGCUUGGAGAAUGUGAAAGACAUGUACAAGCAGUUGUCUGUCAAUGUGCUGAUUCUCGAUUACCGGGGCUACGGCGAUUCUGAGGAUGGAAGCGGCCCAUCGGAGCAUGGCUUCUUGCAGGAUGCAGAGGCUGCAUACCGGUGGCUCGUGCAGCGGGCUCGAAAGUCAGGCAUCAAUGGCGGCUCCUUGCAGAUUCGCGACGAUCGAAUUCUUUUCUUUGGCCGUUCCAUCGGUGGCGCAGUGGCCGUGAAGCUUGCCGCCCAUGUGUUGAAACAGAAGCACGACGAGGCUUCAAUCCCAAAAGACGAGGCUGGAGGCUUGCCGUUGCCAGCAGGAAUAGUGUUGGAAAACACAUUUACAUCAUUGCGAGAAAUGGCCUUGCAGAUGUUUCCCUUCCUGUCGAUACUCAGGCCAUUGCUUCGAGCACCUUUGCUCUUUGACGAGUGGGCUUCCGCGGAAAGCCUGCAAUUUUUUGCGAGCAAUCACAAGCUCUGGUGCUGCUGCUUGUUUAGUGGGCUGCAGGACCAAAUCGUACCUCCAGCACAGAUGAGGGAGCUCUACAUGUUAUUGUCUAAGCAGCGUCCAAGAGUGUUGAAGUGCUUCAAUUUUCCCAUGGGUGGCCACAAUGACACACCUCAGAUUGGUGGCGCGGACUAUUGGGCGUCAUUCAAGAAGUUCAUGGGCCUGGUGAAAGAGAGUGAGUCCGAGCGGGAGACAUGUCCAAAAGCACAGCUGCUAUGUGCCGGGCGGAUAUGA